UGCCCCUAUUAGCAUUGCAGCAGUCGGAAAGGCCCAUGCUACUGUAGUGCAGUGUUAUUAAGUGAAGAUUAGAAAUGGGCAGACGAGAAACAUUUAUAGUGUUCACGUUGUAUACACUACUUGUAUACGGAAACCUCCCUACCGCUGGUUAUGGGCAUUGGUCUACACCAUGGUCCUUUUAUGGCUUGUUUAAAUGGCUUCCCGGACUUAACAAACAACACACAUGUGAGGCAAAAUGUCUGCCGAAAAACAGUGAAGUUAAGCAGGCGUUGGUGCUUACAUACAGUGGAAAUUUAAAUGAUGUGGUUAACCCAGAUUUUAAUCUUUUCGAAGAACAUCAUAGAUGCGCAGGCCGAAGCGACAACGCCAGUAUAAUUGCUGAAGGGAGAAAGCGCAUCCAGAUAUUCGAGUAUUAUUAUGGGAUAGAUUUAUCCACCAUUAAAGACCAAGAUCUUCUUGACGGACGAGUUCCCCUCCUUGGCGGCAAAUUGUUGUUUCGUCCAUAUCGCUUAAGCCCAGCGAUAGACUGUAGAGUUAUUCUCGAGUCUAAUCCUUUUGGCAGUUGGUCCUACGAGAACGUGAUAGUGUCUGAUGCAGGUUGGGUUAUAGAGGCCAUAAAAGACGUCAACAUAACCGGACCGGGUUACAAAGGCUCAGUGUCUGCCGGUUCUGGCAUCUACCAAGGAGAGUUUCUAUUUGAUACAUCUCGAGAGAACCCUUACGGCGGCAGAGUACUCAUCAAAUUUGAAUCCAAGGAACCUCAAUAUAUUACAAACGAUGGUCGCUUCCUUAUUUGGAAAGCAGAAUUAUCCCAUCCUGUGUAUGGCAAGGGGCGUACUGUCCAUUUCUUAGAGGCAGAUCCUGUUACAUCCAAAUUUGCAAGCAGAGAAGUGCAAACCUUCCCAAUAGAUGCAUAAUCGCUAAGCUACAUUUUGUGAUCGAUGUACUUUUUAAUACUUAACAGAGAUUAAGUCAUAACAUACAUUUAAUU